AUGGCAUGUGCAUAUUCUCUGGCUACGUUCCACUGUCCAUGGGGCGAUUGUUAUCCGUUCCCGAAACCAGACGACGAAGUUGUUGUUGUUCUAGGUGAGUGGUGGAAAUCCGAUACUGAAGAUGUCAUCAACGAAGCACUCAAGUCUGGACUGGCACCGAAUGUCUCGGAUGCUCACACCAUAAAUAGUCAUCCCGGAUUGAUCUCCAAUUGUCCUUCCCAUGGCUUCACAUUGCCGGUUAAAAAUGGAAAGACCUAUAUGCUACGCCUCAUCAAUGUUGCACUCAAUGAAAAACUCUUUUUCAAGAUUGCCGGUGACAAGCUCACCGUCGGUGAAGUCGAUUCCACAUAUGUUAAACCAUUCAAAAUUGAUACGAUCAUAAUUGCCCCAGGCCAAACCACUAAUGUCCUUGUCUCGGCCGAUCAAAAGUCCGGUAAAUACUUGGUCGUAGCCUCCCCUUUUAUGGACUCUCCUAUCGCAGUUGAUAACUUUACCGCAACAGCAACCUUGCACUACUCGGACACACUCGCCAACACCUCCACAACUCUCACUACCCCGCCACCGCAAAACGUAAUACCAAUCGCCAACAGCUUUACAAACUCUCUACGUGCCCUCAAUUCCAAGAAAUACCCUGCAUUAGUCCCGCAAACCAUCGAUCACAAUCUUUUCUUCACCAUUGGACUUGGGAUCAACCCUUGUCCGACUUGCAAAGCUGGUAUCGGAAGUCGUGCAGUAGCCGCUAUCAACAACAUGACGUUCAUCAUGCCCACCACGGCCUUGCUUCAAGCACAUUACUUCAACAUCAGUGGUGUUUUCACCGCUGACUUCCCCGGUAACCCGCCACACAUGUUUAACUACACUGGAACUCCACCAAGUAAUCUACAGACCACAAAUGAAACAAAGAUACCGGGAUCUUAG